AUGGGAGAAUCGAUUGAGGAUCUCACAAUUCCAAAAGAUAGGGUCACUCUGGACGCUGACGUUUUGGUUAUCGGAGCAGGGUUGGCAGGAAUUUACACUGCGAUAUCCAUGAAACGUCUCGGAUUGCGAGUCAAAGUCAUUGAACGUGCGCCCGAGGUAGGAGGAGUCUGGUACUGGAACAAGUACCCAGGGGCCCGGUUCGACUCUGAAAGCUACACCUAUAUGUUUACCUUUUCGAAAGAGCUGCUCGACGAAUGGAAUUGGAAAGAGCAUUUCUCUGCGCAGGCAGACACAUUGAAGUAUAUCAACUACAUUGUGGAUAGAUUUGAUAUUCGCUCAAACUUCCAGCUCGAAACAGAAGUGAAAUCCGCUCGCUACAAUAGCGCGACGCGGUCAUGGACCUUAACCGACUCCAACAAAAGGACAUACACGUCGAAAUUUCUGAUCAAUUGCCUAGGUCCUCUUACCACACCCACUCUUCCAGAUAUUCCUGAUGGCCAUGUCUCCCUGACUGGGAAGCGAGUCGGCGUCAUCGGUACAGGUGCAACCGGCAUCCAAACCAUCCAGGAAGUUGCAAAGACGGCAAAAAAACUGACAGUGUUUCAACGAACCGCAAAUUGGACGGCUCCGCUUCGAAAUAGCAACAUCGAUCAGGCAGAGAUGGAAUCGAUUCGCGAGCGAUAUCCUGAUAUAAUCAGAGCCUGCAAGUCAAGCCCGAUGGGCUUUAUGUAUCAACCAGACCCUCGUGAAGCUUUAAAGUUGUCAAGAGAGGAGCGUGAGGCUUUAUGGGAGGGUCAAUACAAUCAAAGAGGAUUGGUCAAAUGGGUUGGGAACUUCAAAGAUACCUUUACCAGCCAGGAAGCCAACGAUCUUUACAGUGAAUGGAUGUCUAAGAAGAUCCGGGCUCGGGUAUCCGACCCGAAUGUUGCAAAAAAGCUUAUUCCAAAGAGCCAUGGCUUCGGAACGCGAAGGGUUCCCUUGGAAAAUGGGUACUAUGAGCUUUUCAAUGAGCCACACGUGAAGCUAGUUGAUCUUUACGACACACCCAUUGAGCGUAUUACAGAGACCAGCGUGAAAACCACAACCGAAAAUUUUGAACUCGAUGUUCUGAUCUACGCAACAGGAUUUGAUGCGCUUACUGGAUCUUACGAGGAGAUCGAAUACUUCGGAGAAGAAGGGCUGAGCCUCAAGAAAUGUUGGGAGCGUGGCCCCAGAACCUAUCUUGGCUUCGCCGUCCCGGGAUUCCCAAAUAUGUUCAAUAUUCUGGGCCCUCACCAAGCGACUGGAAAUAUUCCUCAUGUAAUUGAAUAUGCCGUUGAAUGGGUUUCGACGUUCAUAAAAUAUCUACAGAAGCAUGACCUCACCUAUGUCAACCCCAACGCUGAGGGUGAAGAGAAAUGGACCCAACAUGUUUAUGAUUGCACCAAAACACCCCUCUCUGCGAAAGUCAACUCCUGGAUGACGGGAUAUAACUCAAACCGCCCCGGGAAGAGCCAAAGAAGAGUGAUUCGUUACUUUGGCAACAAUAUCGAAUUCCGUCGCCGUUGUGAAGAGGUCGCAGCGAACGGUUACGAGAAUUUUGACAUGAAAUGA